AUGGAGGAGAUUCGUGGCCACGUCUUCGGGGAGCUCUUCCCGGGGCUGAACCAGGCUGCCUGGCCCAACAGUGCCAACAUCAACCUCUACCGGGAUGGCCGUCAGGGCGUAGGCUGGCACGCGGACGAUGAGCUGCUCUUCCGCGGCAAGGAUUCGGAUUGCCCGGUGGUCAGCAUCUCCCUCGGGGCGGCCAGAGAGUUCUGGAUCGCCCUGAAGGAUCAGAACGGGUCUGACCCGGAGACGCGGAGCAUCGUGGAGCUGGACCUUUGCGAUGGAGACCUCUUGACCAUGGAGGGCCGUCUGCAGCGCCACUGCCUCCACCUGGUGCCAAAGUCCAACCCCCGGGAACCGGUCCGCGAGGAGCGAGUCAACAUCACAUUUCGUUGGGUUCGGGAGCACCGCUAUCGCUGCCCUUUGCGCAAGAGGCCCCCUGCGCCCGACGACACGCUGUCAGCCAUCGUUGGGGAGCCACACCCCACCGACACCAGGUGGCUGCCUUUGCCUCUGGAGCUGGGCUGCUACGUGAGAUGCUGGAGCUUGGAAGCCGGCCCGGGCCUGCUGGUGCCGAGACAUGAGCUUCGCUCCUGCGACGGGUGCAAGCAUGUCUGCUAUGCGGAAGGGCGCCCAUGCUGUGAAGGACAGGGGCCUUGGGCUGGCUACUGGUUCUGCCGGAGGUGCUGGGCUGAGUGGGCGCCCACUUCCUGCCCGACCCUGGAGGCCUUCCUCCCGAGCAAGCAUUGGGAGAAGUGGCACCUGGACCUGCAAGCGCUGUAUCCUGGCGAGGAGGGCCUGUGGCAAGCCUACGAGGCCUUGCCCUGCGACCCGGGCUACCCUGAGUCCUGGAGCGCGUGCUUAAGCCAACUUCCUUGA